AUGGCUCGUAUUGAUAAAGAUCCGGUGAAACUUCCAUUCAUUUAUCAAUUUAUUUCCGGUGCUGUAGCAGGGAUGUCGGAAACCAUAAUGAUGUAUCCAUUAGAUGUAGUUAAAACGAGAUUUCAAUUGCAAAUCAAUAAAAAAGCAUUAGCAACUUCAAGCGUUGCAGUUCCAAAGCAACCUGAACAUUCCAGUAUUCUUAGUUGUUUGUCCAAAAUACUCAAAGAGGAAGGCUUUAAAAACCUAUACAAGGGGAUGAGCCCACCUCUUCUGAUGGAGGUACCUAAACGGGCAGUGAAAUUUGCCAGUAACGAACAAUUUCAGCAGAUAAUGAUGAAAAAGUUUAAGUUAAAGGAAGUCACUAGUACUGUAACAUUAUUGGCUGGUACCUUUGCUGGUAUAACAGAAUCGCUGAUCGUUGUUCCAUUUGAACUCGUUAAAAUUAGAUUGCAGGAUGCUCAAUCGGACUAUAGAUCCCCCAUUAGGUGUACACGUACGAUCAUUGAAAAUCAAGGAUUAUUUGGAAUUUAUGCAGGCUUUGAAUCCACCAUCUGGAGAAAUACCAUUUGGAAUGCUAGUUACUUUGGAUUGAUUUUCCAAGUUAAAAAAUUCAUUCCCAGGGCUAAGUCUACAACAAAAUUUCAAGGAAUUAGAAAUGAUUUUCUGGUAGGCGCCAUCGCUGGUUGUAUGAGUUGUUUCCUAAGUGUCCCAUUUGAUGUUGUAAAAACAAGAAUGCAAGGCUCGAAAAAAACAUCUUCAGGGAUGUGUUACGGUUGGGCGUGGCAAUCCGUUUUUCUGAUUUACAGAACGGAAGGAAUUAAAGGAAUUUACAAAGGUAUUUUGCCAAUAAUAUGCCGUUAUGGGCCUGGUGGUGGUCUACUUCUUGUUGUAUUUAAUGGUGUCAAUGAGCUCUUCCGAAUGUCAGACCAUUAUUUUCAAACCUUAAAGUAA